AAGAUGUCAAGUUGUCACCUGGUGCGGAAACGCCGUCGCUUAAGAAGCACACAGGAAGUACCGCUCACAAAAUAAAUCUCAAGCAUCACCACUAACAGUGUUGCAGUAGACGAGAGUGGUGUGAAAGAUGCAUGGGAGUCACAUCUUCCUUCUCACCUCCAUGGUGCUGACUGCUGCCAUCCGUGUCUCUUUGGCCUUCAACAUUGAUAAGACAGACCCUGACGUCUAUACUGGCGAACAAAAAGAUUUCUUUGGAUACAAAGUGGUUCAGUUCAUGUCUGGCACAGAGAAAGGGAUAAUUGUUACAGCACCUCUACAGCGAAAUGGAUCUGGGGGAAUAUGCAAACCUGUUCAUGUCAACAACACCCAGUGCUUCAACCCCGAAGAAAUUUCACUUGACAACGCAAUAAUACCAGUCAAGCACCUUGGCCUGUCAAUAGCUGAACACUCCAACAGCUCCCGAUUCACUGUUUGCAGUCCAAGUGUCGCCCAUGAAUGUAACGAGAACUCUUAUCUGAACAGCGUGUGUUACACGAUGACAAGUGAUCUUCAGCAGAUCUCCCGUUCCACACCUGCUUUCCAAAAAUGCACAAAAAAGACAGUGGACCUUGUCUUUCUAUUUGAUGGAUCUGGGAGUAUGAAGAAUUCAGAGUUUGAGAAGAAUAAAGACUUCAUUGAGGAUAUAAUGAAGAGCCUCAAUCAAACAUCAGUCAAGUUUGCAGCAGUUCAGUUCUCCUUUGAUUACAACAAAGUUUUUGACUUCAAUGACUAUCAAGCUGGUCGUGCUCUUGAAUCUCUAAAGAAAGAACGCCAUAUGAAGAGUCUUACCAACACACACAAAGCACUCCGAUUUGUGUUGGAUGAAAUCUUUGAAAGCCCGCGUGCAGGCGCCUCUCCUGAUGCAACUAAAGUUCUGGUGCUGAUCACAGAUGGAGAUCCCAGUGAUAGUGACAAUGGCAUUAUCAAAAGAUAUAAUGACAAAAACAUUAUUCGCUUUGUCAUUGGGGUCAAAGACGUGAAGCUGGAGAAAUUUAAGGACAUUGCUUCGGAACCAAAAGAUAAAAACAUCUUCAAAAUUGAGAACUACAACGGACUCACAGGAAUACUGGAAAACUUUCAAAAUAAGAUCUUUAGUAUGGAAGGCUCCAAACAGGCUCUAGCUGGAGAGCUGACUACUGAAAUGUCUCAGAGUGGAUUCAGUGCCGUCUUCUACAAGCAGGAUACCAUGAUUCUGGGGUCAGUGGGAGCCAACAUGUGGCGAGGUUCUCUCCUAGAGCUUCAUCAACAAAAGGAAACACAAAUUCUAGAUCCAUCCAUGAAGAACGACUCCUACAUGGGAUACUCGACUUGUGUUGGAGAGAAGAACAAGGCUCCUCUAUAUUUCACUGGUGCACCAAGAUUUGAACACAAAGGACAGGUCCUACUUUUUCAAUAUAAUGGCAAGAACUGGACCACAGCCCAACGGAUAAAUGGGGAGCAGAUUGGUUCCUACUUUGGUGCAGAGCUGUGCUCAGUAGAUAUUGACUCAGAUGGGAACACUGAUUUUCUGCUGGUUGGAGCUCCCCUGUUUUUCCAGGAGAAGGAGAAGAGAGAAGGCCAUAUAUACGUCUACACACUGACUGAUAAGAUGCUACUGGAUAGAGAACAGAAUAUAUCUGCACCAUCCAUGGGGAGAUUUGGCACCACUAUAUCCAGUCUUGCAGAUCUGAAUGGAGACGGACUCCGAGACGUUGCUGUUGCAGCCCCUCUUGAGGAUGAUAACAGAGGGGCUGUAUACAUCUUCCUUGGUGACAAACACAGAGGGAUACGCAGCACUUUCAGCCAGAGAAUCUUGGGGAAGGAAAUACAGCCUGGGCUGAGAUUCUUUGGACAGUCAGUGUAUGGGGAAAUCGACCUCGGAGAGGAUGGACUCCCAGACAUUGUGGUCGGAUCACAAGGCAUGGCUGUCGUCUUGAGGUCCAGGCCAGUUUUUAAUGUCACGGCUCAUCUGUCCUUUCAACCUGACAUGAUAAGCACUGAAAAAAUUGACUGCAUAGGCAACACAAAUGAAAAUUUACCAAUGGUUAACUUAACUGCCUGCUUUGAAAUGGUAGAAACAACAAAGAGCAAAGCAGAGGCGAUUAACAUCUCGUACACGCUCCGUGUGGAUCCAACGAGACAAAUCAUUCGAGGCACCUUCAAUCAAAAUGACAGGAAAGCUAAAAAUGUUACUUCCACUGCUGUACUGAGGGAUAAAGACACCUGCUUCAACUACUCCGUCUACAUGCCAAAAUGUGUGAUUGACACCUUAUCACCCAUCAGCAUCAAAGUGAACUUUGCCCAAAAUGACAGUAGGGGUCCCAUCCUGAACGUGGACAGCAAAAGACAGGCUGUUGUUGAGGUUCCCUUUGAAAAGCAAUGUAGAAAAAAUGACACCUGUAUUGCUGAACUUGAGCUCGAUUUCAACUUCCUGACCCCAACAUUACUUGUGGCAAAAGGGAACUACUUCAGCCUGUUCGUAAAACUGUCCAAUCAUGGUGAUGACUCGUACAACACCAGCCUUUCAAUUGAUCAUCCAGUAGGCCUCUCCUUCGCUCAGAUGACUGUGGCAGAGGCAACAAGACCAACACUCUACAGCUGUGACAAUGUUCUUGAUAAAACUACAUGUGGCAUCAACCUUCCUGUGUAUCGCAGCCAAUCAACUGCAACAUUUAAAACUUCUUUCCACAUCGAUACUGGAUACGAGUGGAAUGACACUGUUUCAAUGACCAUUACUGGAAAAAGUGAUAAUACAAACUCCUCCAGGACCAACUCCCUGACCAAAAGCAUCCCAGUACAAUUUCUAAUUGAAAUGGUAGUAACAGUGAAUGAAGACACCAUCACCUAUCUGAACUUCUCAACAGAGGAUGCGGCACCUAAAGAAAUGGUUGCUAUAUACAAGAUAAGAAACACUGGUUUCAAGGCUUACCCUAUCAAUGUGUCCCUGGUCUUUCCAACUAAGCUGGACCAUAACUUUCAAAUGGAGAAUUAUCAAGUCCUUGUCCAGCAGAACAAAACCCAAUGCACAGGCAUUACUGACAAGAAGUCUGACUACUGCUCUCCAGAAAAAUACUGCAGAAGAAUUGUGUGUGAUAGUUUCAUCCUGGACAAAUAUUCAAGCACAGAGUUUAAACUGACAGGAGACGUACAGUUUAAGGAUCUCAAACAGCGUGCAGCGAAUAUUGCCUUUCUUAAGCGAUAUACUGGAGAGGGUGCGGCGGUCAAAUUUAAAAGUUUUAUAGAUAUCAGCUAUGAUGAUCAACGAUAUGUGCUGCAUUCUACAAAACAACAGAAUAAAGGGGAUUUGAAACAGAAAUCUGCUGAAACUGGCUUGUGGAACGAUCCAACGAUGAAAUGGACUGAAGUUCAAGUUGAGUUCAUAAUACCCCCGGAUCAACUACUGAUCAUUUUAACUGGAGUUAUUCUGGGAUUACUGCUUCUGAUCAUAAUUACAGUCAUCAUGUUUAAGUUGGGAUGCUUUAAGCGUAAAACGCUUGAAUAUUAUCAAGAACAGGAGGAAAGAGCUUCUUUUCAGGCUGGUGCCGACACGGACUUAACCCCGGACCUCACAGAGGGGACUGCCAGCCAAUCAUAGAUGAAAAAACACGUUUUAAUGAAGGUGAGGUAGGCGGUGCCACCCUGCCAACUGAUACAGAAGAACCACUGGAUUAAAGUACGAAUUUAUGGCCAUUUAUCAGAAUAUGAUUACCUUAGCUUAGCAUAAAGACUGGACUAGUGUCCGACCGAUUUUUGGAUUUUUGGCCCGAUAACGAUAGCCGAUAUUAGAGGGGAUGCAAUCACCAAUAGCCAAUAUGCAAGUUAUUAUUUACACGGGAGAUCUUGGCCGGGGACACUUUUGAAAGCGGCAAUGAAAUGUGACCUAUAAUUGUUGUUCCAUGAUGUUUUCAUGUUUACAGUUACUUAUUUCAUGAACUAACUUACCGUGGCUUGUGGAAAAGGGGGAAAAUCCACUGGUUGAUCAGCUGACUGGUCAGGUGGUUGGGAGGUUUUGUGGUGUAGAGUGGGGGAGGGACUUCACUGAAAUGCGAGCUUAGCCAAAGACUCUGGCUGAGCUCAGCACGCCCCACUGGACAAAAUAAAUCAGUACACCAGCGCAUGCUUUUGUCAUUGUCCCCUUUUUUUUUUCUAUCGGCGCAACAUUUCACCGGUACGAUAGAACCCCCGAUAGAAAAAGUGCCGUUCUAUCGGGCCCCGAUAUAUCGGUGGCCGAUAAUCAGUUGGUCACUAGACUGGGCAUUGAUUGUAGUGUUUAUGCUAAACUGUAUCCUUGCUGCAGAUUCAUGUCAACUGGUCAUCAGCCAGGAGACACUGGACAACUGGCAAAAAAAAACAUUCACAUGAGAGGCCAAUGACAGAGACGGGGUAACAAUCUUCUGUUGUCAUGUGACAGAUGUUCAUUAGUUACAGUCGGUCACGUAAUGACACCUGAGCAUACUCCAUAUGCCAAGGAAGACACUGAAGCUGAGUUCCAUGAAACAAACAUGGUGAAGCCUUCUUCUUCUUUAUUUUCUAUUUUUUUCCAUCUAAGUUUUCUAUCUAAAGGCUCUCUAAUGUGCAGGUGCAAAAUUCUCCGUCAACACAGUAAAUACCUGAGCUAUGAUUUCUAGUAAUGUUACAUCUGAUUGAGUGUGACCCUAUCAACCAGCCCAGUCAGCAGGAUAAAAUGUUGACAUAUGUUAUAGCAUAACGUUCACAUUUGUACAUGUCAUAGGCAACGUACCAUAUAGACAUUUCCACAAAUCAUGUCAUAUCACAUUGACAUUACACCCUCAUGACCUGACUUUCAUGUAGGGAGGUGGAGUGGAGGUGGUGUUACAGGUGAGAAGGCUGUCAAGCCAGUGACUGCUGCUCGAGACUGCGUUUUAACAUUUGUCAGUGUGAAGCUACCUCUGGACAAUUUCCAGCCGUGUUUGCUAACAACAUCUACUGAAGGAGUUACAAUGACUAGGGAUAAGUGCCUCAUACAACCCCACACCAAAAUACCUUAACUAUCCCUUUAAGCCAGUAAGUGAUCUUUUCUGAGCCCCUGCCUAAGCCUAGUUAGAGAAUAAUCACAGCAUUGCUGCAAGAUUAAACAUCAAGAAAUAGUUAAUUGCAUCAUUAGGGACAUUACAGAUCUCAAUGUAUCCAUGGUUCCCAGAAACAUACAGCCACCGUUUAUCCUGCUGAUUGGGUUUUCGCCACAGAACUGGCUGUUUGUUGAUGUAAAGCUGACCAAGUUUUACAUCCUUUUACUAAACUUGAAUCACCUAUAGCAUCUGCUACAUUAAUCCAUUAGUAUUGUUGAUGAAUAUAUUAUUUACAUUAUAAUAUACUGUACAUUACUUACUCGUAAGUCUUUAGCACGCUAUUUUUCCGUUCUGCCCACUGUUUUUCCUGUUAAUAUACAGUAUUAUAUUAUAUUCAGCGCUAUUAUAUUAUGUGCUAUUUUAAUCAUUUGUCAGUUAUUCAAGUAUACAUGUUCCCUUGAGGUCUUAUUUAAAGCUGACUGUCUGUUGGCAAUCAGGUGGGAAUGAGGAAGCCUAAAACAUCGGUGAUUCAGGCAUAUGUUGUGGCUUCCCAUUGUCUGUGUGUGUAUAUAUACUGUAUAUUUAUCUUGCUGCAAUAACUUUUUAUUCUCUUUAUCAAUAAAAACAUGUUGCACCUUGUGUCCAAAUGA